CAGCCUUUCCUACAUCAAGGGCCAGAGUCAAAGGCCUCCCAGCAGACAGGGAGAGGAGGUUGUGUGGGACAAACUGCUCCUGACAGAAGGAUGUCCCAGCUGAGCCUGUCCUGGCUGGGCCUCGGGCCGGUGGCAGCGUCCCCGUGGCUGCUCCUGCUGCUAGUCGGGACCUCCUGGCUCCUGGCCCGUGUCCUGGCCUGGGCCUACGCCUUCUAUGACAACAGCCGCCGCCUCCGGGGUUUCCCACAACCCCCGAAACGGAACUGGUUUUGGGGACACCAGGGCAUGGUCAAAUCCACAGAGGAGGGCAUGAGAGUUCUGACUCAGCUGGUGGCCACCUAUCCCCGGGGCUUUAGGGUCUGGAUGGGCCCCGUCUUCCCCCUCCUCAGUUUGUGCCACCCCGACAUCAUCCGGUCUGUCAUCAAUGCCUCAGCCGCCCUUGUACCAAAGGACAAGUUCUUCUACAGCUUCCUGGAGCCCUGGCUGGGGGAUGGGCUCCUGCUGAGUGCUGGUGACAAGUGGAGCCGCCACCGUCGGAUGCUGACACCCGCCUUCCAUUUCAACAUCCUGAAGCCCUAUAUGAAGAUUUUCAAUGAGAGUGUGAACAUCAUGCAUGCCAAGUGGCAGCCCCUGGCCUCGGGGGGCAGUGCCCGUCUGGACAUGUUUGAGCACAUCAGCCUCAUGACCUUGGACAGUCUGCAGAAAUGUGUCUUCAGCUUUGACAGCCAUUGUCAGGAGAAGCCCAGUGAAUAUAUUGCCGCCAUCUUGGAGCUCAGUGCCCUUAUAUCAAAAAGACACCAGCAGAUCCUCCUGUAUAUAGAUUUCCUGUAUUAUCUCACCCCUGAUGGGCAGCGUUUCCGCAGGGCCUGCCGCCUGGUGCACGACUUCACAGACGCCGUCAUCCAGGAGCGUCGCCGCACCCUCCCUAGCCAGGGUGUUGAGGACUUCCUCCAAGCCAAGGCCAAAUCCAAGACUUUGGACUUCAUUGAUGUGCUCCUGCUGAGCAAGGAUGAAGACGGGAAGGAGUUGUCUGAUGAGGACAUAAGAGCAGAAGCUGACACCUUUAUGUUUGAGGGCCAUGACACCACGGCCAGUGGUCUCUCCUGGGUCCUGUACCACCUUGCAAAGCACCCGGAAUACCAGGAACGCUGCCGACAGGAGGUGCAAGAGCUUCUGAAGGACCGUGAGCCUAAAGAGAUUGAAUGGGACGACUUGGCCCAGCUGCCCUUCCUGACCAUGUGCAUUAAGGAGAGCCUGCGGCUGCAUCCCCCAGUCCCGGUCAUCUCCCGCCAUGUCACCCAGGACAUUGAGCUCCCAGACGGCCGGGUCAUCCCCAAAGGCAUUACCUGCCUCCUCAGUGUUUUUGGAACCCAUCACAACCCAACUGUGUGGCCAGACCCUGAGGUCUACGACCCCUUUCGCUUUGACCCAGAGAACAUCAAGGAGAGGUCACCUCUGGCUUUUAUUCCCUUCUCCGCAGGGCCCAGGAACUGCAUUGGGCAGACGUUCGCGAUGGCGGAGAUGAAGGUGGUCCUGGCGCUCACGCUGCUGCGCUUCCGCGUCCUGCCGGACCACACCGAGCCCCGCAGGAAGCCGGAGCUGGUCCUGCGCGCAGAGGGCGGACUUUGGCUGCGGGUGGAGCCCCUGAGCUGAGUUCUGCAGAGACCCACUCUGACCCCCACGAAAAUGACCCCUGAUUUAUCAAAAGUGAAGCACAGAAUUUACCCUGUGACCCUAUUCCACAGUCCUGUAUUCCAUCCUAGAUACCUACUCAAAAUAAUUGAGACAGGUGUUCAAACAAAAAGACGCUUGUGCAUGAAUGUUCAUGGCAGCCCUAUUCACAGUGGCCAAACAAUGAAAACAACCCCAAGGUGUAUAUUACCAGAUGAAAGGAUAAAACAAAAUGUGGUCCAUCCAUACAAUGGAAUAUUACACAGCUAUAAAAAGGAACGAAGCAGUGAUCCCUACUACACUGUGGAUGAACCUUGAAUACAUGAUACUGAAUGAAAGACAUCAGAUGCAAAAGGUCACACAGUGUGCGGUCCUUUUAUAUGAAAUUUCCAGAACAGGCCAAUCUGAAGAGAUGUAUAACAGAUUGGUGGCUUUCAGCAGCUGUGGGGAGGUGGGACUGAGGAGCGACUGCUAAUCAGGAUGGGGUUUCCUCCUGGGAUGGUGAAAAUGUUCCAGACCUAGAUAGUGACGAAGGUAGUACGACAUUGUGAGUGCACUAAAUGCUAUUGAAUUGGACACUUUGAAUUGGUGAAUUUUGUGGUAGGUGAAUUCUACUUCAAUAAAAAAAAAAACUAUUUUAUCUCACACAUAAUAUUUUUUUUCUGUGCGAUUGUUCAUAUAAUAAUAUGCUGUGAGCAUCUUUCCAUGACAUUAAAUCAUCUUACGAAACAUU